AAAUAUUCAUUCUCUUUCUUCAUCAUGGCAAUGCAUUACAGUAUUAUCUCUUGUGCAUGUUUUUUCUUUGCCGCUAUCUCAAUUUUCAUCCCCACAAGAGCACAAAAAGACAAUUAUAUAGUUCACAUGGACUUGUCGGCCAUGCCCAAAGCCUUCUCUAGCCAGCAUAGCUGGUAUUUGGCGACUCUUUCUUCGGCUUUUGCAGUGUCUGCAAGCAGAAGCACCAUUGCUUCCACCACAUCCACCUCUUCUAAGCUUAUCUAUACUUAUACUCAUGCUAUGAAUGGCUUUAGUGCUCAUCUCUCUCCUUCUGAGCUUGAGGCUUUGAAAAAUUCUCCAGGUUAUAUUUCUUCCUUUAAAGACCUGCCUGUUAAACUCGAUACAACUCAUUCACCGCAAUUUCUAGGCCUCACUGGCAAUUCUGGAGCAUGGCAGGCGACGAAUUAUGGGGAGGAUGUUAUUAUCGGGGUGGUGGAUACUGGUAUUUGGCCGGAAAGUGAGAGCUAUAACGACAAUGGAAUUUAUGAAAUUCCAAAAAGAUGGAAAGGAGAGUGUGAGAGUGGAACCAUGUUCAACUCUUCAUUAUGUAACAAGAAGCUAAUUGGAGCUCGAUCUUUCAACAAAGGUCUAAUUGCCAGGAACAUCACCAUUUCCAUGAAUUCAACUCGUGACACCGACGGCCAUGGGACCCACACCUCGAGUACGGCGGCCGGGAAUUUUGUGGAGGGUGCUUCUUUCUUUGGCUACGCACCGGGAACUGCUAGUGGAGUGGCUCCCAGGGCCCACGUUGCUAUGUAUAAAGCUCUCUGGGACGAAGGUGCUACUACUUCUGAUAUAAUUGCUGCAAUUGAUCAAGCAAUUAUUGAUGGAGUUGAUGUACUGUCGAUAUCACUGGGCCUGGACGGGGUUCCUUUGUAUGAAGAUCCCAUUGCUUUGGCCUCAUUCGCAGCCUUAGAAAAGAACAUCUUCGUUUCAACUUCUGCAGGAAACCAAGGGCCUUUCCUUGGGACGCUACACAACGGCAUUCCCUGGGUGCUAACUGUUGCAGCUGGUACGAUAGAUCGUGAAUAUGAUGGAGUUUUGAGACUUGGCAAUGGAGUUUCAGUCACUGGCUUAUCUCUAUAUCCUGGGAAUUAUACAGAAACCGAAGUUCCAAUUGUUUUCUUGGAUGCAUGUCUCAGUAAACAGUUGAAUACUGUUGAGCGAAAAAUCGUUGUCUGCGAAGACAAGAAUUCUUCCUUAGGCAGCCAAUUUAAUAACGUCAGACAAGCGAAUGUCACCGGAGGUAUCUUCAUAACAAACUUCACAGACCUUGAAUUUUUAAUUGAAACCGAUUUUCCAGCAAUAUUUGUGAAUCCAAAAGAUGGCGAAACUAUUAAGGAUUUCAUCAAGAGUAGCAGCAAGCCGCAGGCAAGCUUGGAGUUUCAGGAAACAAAGCUCGGGAUUGAAACAGCUCCAAGUCUAACAAGCUACAGCUCUAGAGGACCAUCCCCAAGUUGCCCAUUUGUUUUGAAGCCCGACAUAAUGGCUCCUGGUUCUUUAAUCUUAGCUGCAUGGCCACAAAAUAUUGAAGUGGUGAGGAUCAAUUCUAAGCCACUAUUCAGCAACUUCAAUAUCUUAUCUGGGACAUCCAUGGCUUGCCCCCAUGCAGCAGGUGUGGCAGCACUCUUGAGGAAGGCACAUCCCGAUUGGAGCCCUGCAGCUAUCCGGUCGGCCAUGAUGACCACAGCCGACACCAUGGAUCACACUCAUGGGCCUAUCAAAGAUAUUGGGAAUGACAACAAGCCAGCCACUUCUUUAGACAUGGGAGCUGGCCAGGUGAAUCCCAGCAAGGCACUAGACCCCGGCCUCAUUUAUGACUUGAGUUCAACUGAUUACGUGAAACUCCUCUGCGCAUUAAACUUCACAGAAAAUCAAAUCAAAGCCAUUACAAAGUCACCUUCUAACGAUUGUUCCGUCCCAUCCUUGGAUAUUAACUAUCCUGCUUUUGUGGCCUUCUUCAACUCUAACUCAUCGGAAAUGAGUUCGACCACCGUCCGAGAAUUUCACCGGACAGUGACCAAUGUAGGUGAGGCAAUGUCAACUUACACUGCAAACAUAACGCCCAUGAAAGGGUUAAAGGUCAGUGUCAUGCCAGAGAAGUUGGAUUUUAAAUCCAAGAACGAGAAGCUAAACUACAAAUUGGUCAUUGAAGGUCCAAGCCAGCUCGAAGAAAGUGUAGUUUUUGGCUACCUUAGCUGGGUUGAUGUUGAGGGUAAACGCGUCGUCAGAAGUCCAAUAGCGGCCAUAAGCCUGAGUUCAGAGUCACUUUCUUAGUAGAAGACAUAACUUUUAUUAAUUCACUGUGUACAACUUCACAAUAUGUAAACUAAUAUAUCCAUUAAUAAAAUAAUCCUACAUAUAAUCCAAACAGUUUGCCGGCCAAUGGAAUCUUCAUAUCUCAUCGGAUAGUGUCUUGUGUGGAGGCUGAUGAAUUCUCCUGUUUAAUCACAAAAUGUAUAUCCAUGAUCUUUCCAAGGCCCUGUUCAUCAACCUAGAAUUUAGUGUUUUGAUCAUAUAAUUAAAAUAUUAAUAAUUUUUACUUUUCC